AUGGUCCGAGUCGACAAUUCUCGAGUCGACAGCGAGUGGUUAUCCAUGAAAGAGGCAGAUCCAGAUGAAGCAGAGGAGGAGGUUGCAGAAGGUGAUGCAGCAGAUGGCCAGACUGCUUUGGACACCACCGUCCUGGCAGAUCCCUUGUCCGACGAGGAGCGAGAGGUUCUCACGAAGUUGCGGAAGCACGAGUCUGAGGUCUCCAAAGUGUGCUCCGCGGCACAAGAGCUUCGAGUGAAGGGGGCGCAGUCGGCCGUGGACCUCCGGAGCCUUGUGGAGGCCGCGGACGGCGUGGAGCGGCUCCUCGACGCCGCGGAGGACGCGGAGCUCUUGCAGCGCGAGGCCGUCAGCUCGCAGGUCGACUGGCCGGCCGAGGAGUUGAAGUAUGCCAGAGUCAUCGUGUUAGCGCUCGAUGCAUGGGAGACGGCACUGGCGAAAGGGAAAGAGCAGCUCACAGCAGAGGCUGCUGGAGGUGCUAUCUACAGCAGCCUUGGUGCGUUGCUCAGGAGUUUUCGAGAGUUGAGGGAAGCGGAGGCACAAGCUCAGGCCAGUGGUUCUGCAGCUGUGCAACAUGCUGACUUGGGCCUGGCUGGUAAGGAGACGGCGCUCCGACCUUUGUCAGAAGCUCUCCUGGACAAGGCCUUAGAGCUGAAGGGUGAAGCUUUGCAGAGCUUCCGCACGCAGCUGCUGAAUGAUGAGGGGCAAAUGGAGAUGCUCAAGGACUUGCGCGUCCAGCUGCCCGAUCUGCAGUCAGGAGAAGAAGAAGCACCAAUCCUGUUGAGUCAGGUGAAAGGGAUCGAGACGGAAACUGAAGAGGCCCAGGACACCGGACCGCUGGACCCCGAACGACUGUGGCGUGCGGUUCACACAGGUGAUGAGUCUAUCGUCAAGGCUUUCGUGGGGAGGAAGGCAUGCGAUGGAAGGACCCGGGAUGCAUCCGGCCAUUCCAUCUUCUGGCAUGCCAUUAGUUUCCACCACCACAGUUUGGCGCAAUACAUUUGGGAGACCUUCCCGCCCGGCACAGCCACAGGGGUCGAGGUUGACGAAGUGCACGAGCGGAAAGGCGAUACGCUCCUGCACCUGCUUUGCAUGAGCCGACCCUUCAAUGCAGAGGUGGCGGCUCUUUUCAAGCGUGUGGCGGCCAAGGCGCCUCCACCGGUGUUUCAAAAGCAAAAUGCCCUUGGCCUGAGUUUUUUGGAGAUGGCCAUCGACAGUCUCAACUUCUGGGUGCUGUCCUUCGUCUUGAAGAACUUCAAGGUGCAGGCCAAAGCGUUGCUUUGCAAUGCCCGUGCUCCUUUAAGGCGCUUGUUGAAGGCUCUACGGCCUCCCAACCCGCCCGAGGCCUACGAACCGCCUCCCGGUUUCCCUGACCACUUCCGCGUGGCGGCCAUGCUGCAGCAGGAGCCCAACGGCCUGGUCCCCUACGCGGACGUGGCGUUCGACGUAGGCCCAGAACGUCAGGGCGUGGCCACCGGACGUUUUUUGGCGCAUCGUGUGGUAGUGGUGGCUCAAAGCCCUGUGCUGUUUGAGGCCUUGGAGAACAUGACCCUCACAGAGCUGCCCAAGGAGAAGAUCUCCGCAGCUCUCAUACGAGUGGAUGAGCGCAUCUCACAGGAGGUGUGGCGAAGCGUGCUGCAAUUCAUGUAUCAGGGCACCAUUUUCCCGGAGCAUUGUAGCUACUUGCAGGAUGUUGGCAAGUGCGUGGAGCUUUUGCGUGCCUGCCUUCUCUACAAGUUGCCCGAACCCCUCCUGCGCUUGGCCCUGUCGCAUCUCUUCCAGCUGCUCCCCAGCAGCCCGCCGAGCUAUGCCCUCCAGGUCUUUGCCCUCUGCACCGCCGAUGAGCAUGCAAAGAACGAGGACUUGCGCUGCCUGCGUGACGGGGCCGCGUGGGUCUUGCUGUACCAAGCGCAUAGUGUGUUCAUUGACAUUGAAGCGACCGAUCUUUGCGACAUCCUCUGCAAAGUGGUACGCUGCCUGGAGAACGCUGUCUUCGAGAACCCCGAACAGCCAACCGUGAUGGAGGACCACUUGAGCUAUAGCUUCCGCGGUGUUCCACAGGACCUGCUGUCACAAACACUGUCCCAGAGUCGGAGCUUUUCGAUGGGGGUGCAGGAUGACAUGCUGCACAGCAUGGAUUUUGGAUCGUUGAAAGGUUGGCAGGACCAGAGGUCUACUGGACGCUUGGUGAUGUAUUGA